UUCAUAGCUGUACUUUUCAUUUUUUCUCCUUUUUUUUGCUUUGAGUGUCCGAGAGAACACAUCUUUCUAAUAUUUUCAUCAAACUAUGGGUUAGUGUACAGUUGUAAAGGGGGUUUAUUGGAUAUGUGUAUCAGUGUGGUGGUGUGUGUGUGUGUGUAUAGGGGGAAGAAAGUUGGUUCGCUCCUCAAGACCAUGAGCUGGGGCUGAUCCGGGAUCAGAUUUAUGAGAGGCAGCUGUUGAGGGCUUGACGGACGGACGAGCACAAGCACUCCAGUGGUACUGCUGCCGACGCUGCAGCCACACAGAAGCUGCGUUUCCACUGCUGGCUGCAGACGAGGGGUGGGCUGUGUGUCAGUGCACAGCCCAGCAGCAAGAGUGCAAGGAUGGUGCGUGAACAGUAUAUCACGUCUACAGAAGAAUCUGGUGCUCCAGCAGCAGUGUUGGACUACAUCUAUAAGAUUGGGAUCUAUGGCUGGAGGAAGCGAUGCCUUUAUCUGUUUGUCCUGCUGCUCAUCAUCAUUCUGAUAGUGAACCUUGGCCUCACCAUCUGGAUCAUGAGAGUGAUGUGGUUCAAUGCGGAAGGUAUGGGAUACCUCCAGGUCACAGCAGAUGGGGUGAGGUUGGAGGGCGAGUCUGAAUUCCUUUUCCCAAUCUAUGCCCAUGAGAUCGACUCCAGAGAGGACUCAGCUCUGCUUGUGCACUCGACUGAUAAUGUGACUCUCAAUGCCCGCAAUGCGAACGGUGAUGUAACCGGAAGUGUGUCUGUAGGUCCAGGACAUGCCCAAGCUUUUGGUCAGCAUUUGAAUGUCAGCUCAAACACUGAUAAGACCGUCUUCUAUGCGGAUGCGAAAGAAGCUGUUGUGGGAACUGGAAAGCUCAGAGUUACAGGCGAUGAAGGUGCUCUAUUCGAGCACUCUGUUGAAACGCCUCAGGUCAAGGCAGAACCUCUGAAAGACCUUAGGCUGGAGUCUCCAACCCGCAGUUUGAGUAUGGAAGCCCCUAGAGGAGUUCAUGUCAAGGCCUCGUCAGGAAAUGUAGAAGCCCAAGCGAGCCUGGAUGUUAUUUUGCACUCAACCGAGGGUCUUGUGGUUUUAGAUGCUGAAUCUGUUCGGCUGCCUAACUUAUUCAAGGGCAUAGCUAGAACUUCAGGCGACUCUCAGGGACUAUACGACAUGUACGAGGUUUGCGUGUGCCCCAGCGGAAAGCUGUUCCUCUCCAAAGCCGGUGUGUUCUCCACCUGCAACGAAAGCCAAGAAUGCUGAAGGCCUGUUUUCAAAGGAACUGAAGGAAUAUGAGAUGAGAAGGUGGACCUCUUGACAUUUGUUACAGAAUAGUCAAGUGUUGGAAAAUAGUAAUUUUUUUUUCACACAUUUAAACAGGGAAGAGAGAAGAAGCACAUCGUUUGUUCUCAGGUGGGAGGCAGCGUUUACCAUGAGUGCAUUAUGUACAUUAUGUACAAAUCUUUCUGCAUUAAUCUCAGUAAUGCAAGUCUUUGCAGCACCGCUGGUGUCUGUCAUUCUCUUUUGGGAUAUUUAUUUUUCUUCUUUUUCUUUUUUUUACCUUUUUUUAAAACCAAAUUAGGCUGGGCAAAAAGGGGCUGGUUAACAGCGUACAUCCUAUGCAAUAUGAUGAUUUUAAGGUGCAAUAAGCAACAUUUGUGUAGUAAAUGUAAGUGCUGUUACAGAGAUAAUCCAGUAGUAAAAGUGUCGUCCUUUUUAUAGACAUCAGUUUAAACAAGUCAUCUGUAAGAAAUGUCUGUGUUGGUGGUAAAAUCAGUGUGUCUCAUAAGGAUAAAAAAAUAUAUAUCCAUCCGUAGAUAAAGAAAUAAAUUUAGCACAAAACGUAAGCAAAUUUGUGUGUGUAAGAAACAUGCAUUUGUGGGAUGAGCAGCAGAGCUGAGUUUGUGGGUUGAACCCAUGAGAAUUUUGCAGAAUUCACUCAGCCAAUGCCAAACAGCUUCUUCUGCCAUCGACUCAUUUGUUGUUUGACGAUCUUCUUUGGGUGUCGUCUUUGUGGGAUGCCCACUUUGCGGCCUGUCUUUGACAUCCCCUGUUAUAUGGACAAAGAAAUAAUCUACCAAACACACAUUUCUUUACUUUUUGUGCCAUGUUAUUUGUGCUCUUUUUGCAAAGGUUGCUUUUUUAACAGCAUGUUUGUCUCACAUUGUGGAUAUUGUUCAGUGGGUGUUAAAAUAUUGCUUUAAAUCUGAGCUUUAUUUAAUAAAUAUUAAUAGGCAUCAGUCUAAAGCCAUGUUUUAUGGCAAAAUUGCAGGUAAACUGAGCAGGGUCAAGCAAUUCCUCAAUAAAUUGGCCGUUGCAAUGAGUAACCAUAUAUUAACAAUUUCUUCCUUUUGGGAGAAAUCAGUUAUUUUCUGUUAUUUUACUGUGGUGAUAUUUCAUUUUAAGUGCCUUCAUGAAUUAAUAAAUACAAGCCACAAAUUUUAAUGUUUUUUUUAAAUGUAAAAAAAUAAUAAUGUUAAUGUAUCUUAGAAAAUUUUGAUAUAUGGUUAUUCGUUGAUAGAGGUUAAAUAUUGACCAACUUUAACAAACAUAGCCACACCUCAGACAUGUCUAUAUUUAUAAGAGUAUAUGUAUCUGGAGUUUGGUGUUAUUGGCUGUUAUUUGAAUUAGUUGAUUUUAAAGAUUUCUGAGGCCAGAUCUGCAUGUCCAAGUGACGCUAAAAGCCUGAGAGACUGAUUUCCGAAACACCCUGCCUGGUCUUUGUCGUGGUUUUGUCACUUAGGUUAAUAUUAAUAUUAAGAAACUGUGUUUUAUAAAGUCAUUUUCAAGUUCAAUAAGACAUGUAUUGAGUGGUGUUUGUAUAUGUGUUAUUAAAAUGGGAUUUUUUU